AUGUCUCGAAAUAUUCUCAUCACCGGUGCAGCGGGACACAUACGAGGUUCCAUCGUUGCGAAUCUUUUAUCCAAGCACCCUGAGACCACUAAACAACAAGUCUUUGCCGCCGUCAGAACAGAUGAGCAGGCCAAAGCUCUUUCAACCCUUGGCAUUAACGUCCUCAAACUCGAUUUAUCAGAUGAACAGGCCGUUGUCAACGAAAUAUCCUCUCAGAAAGUUGGUGUCAUUGUACACGCUGCUGAUAGCACCAAUCCCGAGCUAGCUUUACCUUUGAUAAAAGCUCUGGAAAAACAAAAGGAGUCAGCUGGGAAGCCAACGUAUUUUAUCCAUACCUCAGGACUGAGUGCAUUCUACGCAAACUCAGGCUGGCCACGCAUCGUCAACAAAGAUACAGAUGCGGUAUUCGAGACGGAGAAGGAGUUUGCAGACUCAUAUCCCAUUCGAAAGUCAUUACAAACUAUUCACAUCAGUGAUCUAACCGCCUUGUACUAUCGAAUCAUACAUGCUGCUCUCAAAAAUGAAGACAUACCAAGCGGAAAAGAAGGAUAUAAUUUUGCAGUUGCUCGUGAGAUGGAUAUGCGGGAGUUCCAAGAUCAUCUCGCCGCAGCUAUGAAAGCUCGAGGACUUGUGUCAAGCGAUAAGCCCGAGGUUUAUCCUAGUGAUGAGUUCGCCGCAGAAGCUAUUGAUGUACCGGUUGAGUUUCUGAGUGCUCUUUACAAAUCUGGAGGUAAUUUCACAGCGACACGACCACAGAGUAUUGGUUGGAAACCUGAGUGGGAUAAAGAGCGUUUCUUGAAGAAUGUAGAUGUUGAGAUUGAGGAUGUUAUUGAGUUGGGAAAGGCAAAGAGUAGUCUGAUUGAUUCUCUGUUUGCUGCUGUUGGGAGGCCACGAUGA